CGACCGCUUGUGCCCCGCCCCUUUCCCCCGCCCUCCCGCCGGCUUCGGAGAAGGGGGCGGGCGGCGAAGCGAAGUGCGGCGCAGCGGUCGCCGGGGGCCGGAGCCAGUCUCGCUCAGCAGGUACUCUCAGCCCUCCUUGCUGAGUGGCCGAUCGGCUGUGGUGGUGGCGGUGCUUCUCUGACAGAAAGGACUGUGGCUGCAUGCUGAAGAAAAUGGGUGAAGCUGUUGCCAGAGUUGCCAGGAAGGUGAAUGAGACGGUGGAAAACGAGUCAGAUACUUUGGACUUGGCCGAGUGUAAGCUGGUCUCCUUCCCCGUGGGCAUCUACAAGGUACUCCGGCAUGUCGCCGGGCAAAUCCACCAUAUCAUCCUGGCCAACAACGAGCUGCAGUCCCUCACCAGCAGGUUCAUGACCACGUUCAGCCAGCUCCAAGAGCUCUACCUGGAGGGAAAUGCCCUGCACCGCCUCCCUGAUGAAGUCAGCACCCUACAGCACCUCAAGGUGAUUGAUCUGUCCCGGAAUCAGUUCCAAGACUUCCCAGAGAAGCUCACUGCCCUGCAGGCCCUUGAGACCAUCAACCUAGAAGAGAAUGCUAUUGUGGAUGUUCCCAUGGAGAAGCUGGCAGCCAUGCCAUCGCUGAAAAGUGUCAACCUGCGGCUCAACCCCCUGAAUGCUGAGGUGCGAGUGAUUGCCAGGCCCCUGAUCAAGUUCGACCUUCUUGUGUCCCCCGAAGGAGCCCAGAGCGAUUCAGCCCAGUAGGGGGCUCAGCCUUGACUGGACUUCAUGGACGGAGCUGAAGAUGCCUGGCCCCUGGGCCCUGAGUGGGAACUCCAGUGGGCACCGAGCCUGCCUUCAGCCUCCAGCGAGGACCAGGAUGGGCUGUGGAGUCACUGGGGGAGGGUGUGGGCAUGACUGGGGAGGGAAGGCUGUGUGUGUGUGUGUGUGUGUGUGUGUGUGUGUGUGUGUGUGUGUGUGUGUGUGUGUGAGGGUGGGGGUGGGAAUCGCAGCAUUUGGGAGAUAGGUGUGUUAGCAUUGUAGCAGUGGUGAAGGGCAUGUCUGAUGGAGGGAGGCCUGCCUAGGCUGGCUUCUGUCUCUCUGGGCUGAUUCUGGUCCCAGUGGGAAGUGGCUGGCCCUGGGCACCAUCCCUGUCUUCUUCAAGCCUCCGGCCUCGUCUGGCUAAAAGGGAGGCUCUUGUCAGCUUCUCUUCCCCAGCACACUCUAGGAAGUAGCUGGUGACUCCAGAGCUAGGAAGGGUUCUCUGGGAAGAGACAGGGGGUGUAGUGGGAAGUGUCCUAGGGGCUCUGCUUCCACUCCUCCUCCCAGAACUUCUAGCUUUGGGCCCCGAGGCUGCUCCCCGGGGCUGAGAUGAGGGGAAUCUGCUCGCCCUCCCUACCUCACUGGCCCCCAUGAGAAGAGCUGCAUCUGAAUGUGCUUUUACGGUUCUCCUGCUGCUGGGUGGUUUGGGAGCGAGGCAAGGUCGUCCCUCACGCCCUUCAGCUUGUCAGGUUUCAGGCCCAGGAAGUGACAGCACAGGCAGUUCUGCUGCCUCCCCACCUCAGGGUGAAGACACGGAGGGUACUUCUUGGGAGGGCACAUCUGGCCUCUCUCAUCCCUCCCUAGCAUUUCAUAUGGUUCUUGUGAAUCUCAAAGGAGAUCCUUAGUGAGCAUCAGUAAGUCCUUCCAACAUGCCAGCUCUGGGUCUGUGACAGUCACUGCCCUCCAGGAGUUUACACAAGUUCUGGGGAGCCAGGUCCACAGAGAAGUAUGUUCCAAUCUAUACAAAGUCGAUCUAAGUCAAUGGGACUAGAGGAAGAGGCGGGGAAGGCCACAUUUAGGAGGGGACAUUCUGAGAAGCAGAGGUGAGAGGGAGGGCCUUCCAGGCAUGGGGCACCACCGGGGCAAAGGCAUGGCGAUGGGAGAAGGCAUAAGGAACAAGGAGAGUGCCUUGCAAGCAUUGAAGCACCACAUCAAGUCAGUGGUUAGUUCCGGCAUCAUCUCCACCCUGAUCAGGUGUGCUCCCACAUCAUUUACAGCUGCCCAGAUGGGCAUAAACCCAGAAGACAGCGCCCUGACCAUCUGCUCUGCAAGCUGGACAUCAUCUUCCUUCCUAAGGCCCAGUGAUGGCCACCGAGGCAGGAUGGCGCUAGGAGUACUGCACCUUUAAGCCUGACUGGCAGCCCCUGGAGCACGCCCCUGUCACUGCUCUGUGAGGCUUCUGCAUGACCCCUUGAGCCCUAGCUCUGGCAUCAUCAAGUGUACCACCUUUCAGCUUUGAAACCCUUUGAGGUCUCUAGAAAGGGGAGCUGUCCAGGCCUUCAGAACCUGCUUGAAUCCAAAUCCCCAGGAGGCCGGGAAGGGCAACGUCCAGAGCCCCCAGAUCUUAGCCUCCUUCUGUCUGCUUUUCAAGUGGAUCUGGAAGAGACGCAUCCCCAAGCAUUGACCCAGCAUGUACCCCCAGAGGCAGCGUUAGCCCCAUGGCCCCCAGGCCUACUGGGAGGGCCACCAGUGGAUCCUGGUCAUUGGUCACCUUUGGCCUGGGGGCAUAUCCUGGUGCCCUCAGGAGGAGAAAGGCAUGAAGGGGUAUUGGCACAUGCUCUGUGUUGACUUGGGAGCUCACCUUCCCCUGCAUUCUUUCUUUAUAGACCUACAGCUGUAGUAGAGAAUCUGACUGGGCUGUUACUACUGGUGCCUACCAUGGUGAGGGGUGAGGGGGCACGUCCCAGACCUCUGCUCUUUGCAGUCCCACUCCCAUUGCACAUUCUCCUUCCAGCCUGCCAGCCCCUGACUUACUCUCAUCAGUGCCAAGACUCUGGCCUUCUUGAUGCCCCUCAAUACCUCCCCACUCCUCACAAAGUUGCUCCGGAAUAACCGUCUCCCCCGCCCCCCACCUCAGUUGCCCUCCCCCACCCCCAUCGUCCUCUGCCUUUGUCCCUGAACCACUAGAACAAAACCACCACUCACUUGUUCCUGUCACCCUUGGAAUGCGUGCCCCCUGAGGCAGGGGCUGGGCUUGGUUGGGUUUUGUGUCCUGAGUGCUUAGCGCAGUCUGGCACGUAGUAAGCCCUUAACGAGUCCAUGCUGACUGGGUGUUGGCUGCCAUCCCAUUGCUGCCUCAUAGACCUCCCUGCCCCCCUCCCCCACUCUGGACCACAGCUCCUUCUCCUGCCUCCAUCUCCAGGGUCUGACAGGUGAGGCAGAAAAGGCAAUGGAUUUGGAGCCAGCCAGCCUGGCCCAGGGCCCAGCUCUGCCCCUCACGUCCCAUUUCUGUGGCCUCAGUCUGCAUCUGUGUAGCAUGAGGGGAUUAAACUCAAUGGCCCCUCCAGCUUGAAAAUGCUCUCAUCUUCACUCACCAGGUGAACCUCAACAGGAAGACUUGAGUAAGUCAAGGGAAGGAGCCAGGAAGAAAAGUCAGGCUACUUGGUGGACUGAGGGGAGGCGGGUGCAGCCAGAAGGAGCUCAGGCAGGGCUGCAGCACAGGAGGGGCCCCAGGGCCAGGGGGCUGGGCAGGGCCUUAUGGCUGAGCAUUUCUGGGUUCUACUUCUCCCCCAUCUAGCCUUGGAGCAUAAGAUUAACAGAGAGAGAGGGACUGUGGGGAAAUGACUUAUCCAAGACCACAUGGGUUACGAGCUAGAGGACAAGGUUUGCACUGAAGUCACCAUCCAACCCUGGCUUCCAGGUCAAAUGUAGCAUGCCCAUUCACGUGCACAGGCACAAGGCCAUGACCUUCGGUCUUCACACUACUUGGGAAGCUUCACCUGUGGAAGAUGAACUUCCUUCCUUGCUCAUGUCUGAAAGCUUGGCCAGAGAAGCCUUUGGUUAAAACAAUGGAACUUGUGAUGUGAAGUGUGCUUGCUUAGCUUUGGGUUUGCAAUAAAGGACAUGUGGAUUUCCCCUGUGCA